AACAACCUUCCAUUGCAGCGGUAUGCUCCGUCGCUCGAGAAUGUCUUCUUGCACCUUGCGACCAACUUCCCAGAUCCAAAGAGGGGACUUUGCAGUGGCAAGAGAGUCAAUGCUAACUGUCAAUGGCAGGAUCCUGAUGUAGUGGGAAACCUGGAGAAUGACAACGACUCAUCCGCUGACGUCGAAAGGUCAGCAGCUGAAGAUAUCCAGAACUGAGGAUCGAUACUCAUCCUAUCGUUCAGUCUACGUGAAUCCACAGCAUCACUGCGGUCCAGCAUUCUCGAGUAUCGCAACAUCAAUGGCCGCCAUUUUCAGUCGUCAACAACAACCGACUACUGGGCACCAACUGACGAGAAACACAUUGAGGGGUUUGACCUUGCGUACGACACUCUGCUUAAUCCACCAGUACAUGUUGCUCUUGAUGGACAACAAGCUCUCCAAUGCCCCCAUCGGCAACAAUCCCCAAAGAAUUCUUGAUAUUGGCACAGGCACAGGAAUCUGGGCCAUCGACAUGGCUGACGAGUUUCCUUCUGCCGAGGUGCUCGGCACUGACAUCUCGGCUGUCCAGCCUAGUUGGCUCCCGCCAAACUGCAAGUUUGAGAUUGAUGACGCGCAGCUAGACUGGACGUUUCCCGUGAACCAUUUCUCCUACAUCCACGCCCGCCACCUUUACGGCGGCAUUGAUGACUGGCCUAAGCUUUACCGCCAGGCCUUCACCCACUGUGCCCCAGGUGGCUGGUUCGAAAACGUUGAGAUCGAGCUCACUACGCGUGCGGAAAACCCGCGCUACACUCUCGGCCCGGACCAUGUUUUCACUCAAUGGCGAGACCUGUUCUUUGCUGCUGGCGACAAGAUAGGGCGCACGUUCCGCAUAGCUGAGAAUAACCGCAUGGAGCGCGACAUGCGCGACGCUGGGUUUGUUGACAUCGUGACACAUCAGUGGAAGGUUCCUAUUGGUGGGUGGGCAAGUGACCCGAAACUGAAGAAGGUCGGCCUCUUCAACGGGUUGUUCAUUGAUCAGUCAAUCGACGGUUUCGUUGUUUUCCCUAUUGGUGAGAUUCUGGGUUGGUCGUUUGACGAAGUCACUGUUCUCGUGGCGAACAUGAGGGCCGCCCUUCGCGAUCCCAAAGCGUUACCGUAUUACAAUCUGCACAUGGUGUAUGGUCGGAAGCCGGACAAUGCCGUGUCGCCGCCGCUUGCGCCCCAGAAAAGUCCGAGUCCGCCGGCGUAG